CUCUGCUGGUGUUGCAGACUUUCUAUAUCUUGGUACUGCCACAAAUCUUUUGAAGCCAGUUGUACCAUGGCAUCUGCUGGCCUCCAGAUCCUCGCUGUCUUUUUGGCUACUGUUGGGUUCAUUGGAGACAUCAUCAUCUGCGCCCUGCCCAUGUGGAAGGUAUCUGCCUUCAUUGGCAACAACAUUGUCACUGCUCAGGUCUUCUGGGAGGGCCUCUGGAUGAAUUGUGUCCAGCAAAGCACUGGUCAAAUGCAGUGCAAAGUGUAUGAUUCCAUGCUGGCUUUGCCCCAAGAUCUUCAAGCUGCCCGUGGUCUGGUUGUCGUCUCCAUCCUGGUUGUGUUCCUGGGUAUGCUCCUUUCCAUUGCUGGAGGCAAGUGCACCAACUGUGUUGAGGAUGAAGAGGUCAAAAGCAAGGUUGCCAUUGCCGCUGGUGUCUUCUUCAUUGUUGGUGGCAUCCUGUGUCUCAUUCCUGUCUCGUGGUCAGCCAACGAAAUCAUCCGCAACUUCUACAACCCUGUUAUGAUUGAUGCCCAGAGGAGGGAGCUCGGGGCAUCCUUGUUCAUCGGCUGGGGGUCUGCUGGGCUGCUCCUUAUUGGGGGGGCUCUCCUAUGCUGCCAGUGCAACAAGAAAAAGGACAGCAGGUACUCUGUCAAAUACUCUGCUCCUCGCUCCACCACCAGCGGAGGUGCCUAUGUCUGAUUGCUGUAAAGUCUGCACACCAAGAACUGAAUUAACUUUUACAUGUGUUUUAACUUUUUUUUUUUUUUUUUUUAAAUCAAUUAAAACUUGUAAUUCUACAUUUUCUUAUGUCUUUUAUGAAUUUUAACUUGGCAUUUUAAGCUAGCACUGAAAAGCAAAUCAUACCCUCAAUGGAUUGAGCUACAGUUUGAGCCAUUUGUCAGCCAACCACAAGGUUAACAGUAACUAUCUAGACCCUAGCAUGACUUUAGUAUCUGAAAUUGCUCCCUCUUAAACUUUUGUGGCUGUGCUAUCUAGCAAUAACUCUAAGAAAUGUCCUACCCUGUCUAUCCUACCAGGAAGCUUUGUUGUAUUCUAGCCAUGACUCUUACCAAAACGGCAUGCUACUUUAAGAGGUUAAACUAGAUUACCUAAAAACGUUUGCCAUAAGCUGUGCUGGCAGUGCAGUAACUUAAUAAAGAACAUUCUGUGAAUUAUGGGAAGCUGUGCCAACA